CACCGAUAACGCCUAGGAUAUACCGUCGCUGGUGGUUUCUUACCAGGCUUGAGUCAGGAGAACCGAGUGAAGCGAGACUCCUGUUGCCGAGCUUCGUUCUCGAAGCGUCGGUGCUCUACCUCUUGGGCUUUGAUUACGUCUUCGAGUCGGUUAGGACGUUUGGGAGCGGGCAAGCUUUGGAUCGCUUCGGGAGUAGAUCCGGCCACCGUGUUUACCAAGAGAAAGAGGGAGAAGGGGCGUCUGUAUGGAAAGCGUGGUAGACAAGUACAGACAGAUGGCUUUGGCGGAGGAGGAGGAAGACCUGGAUCUCGAUGAUACGGAGGCAGGCGAGGAGCUGAAGGAGGAGAUUAGGCCAAGUUUCCCAGUGGUCGGGGUGCUGCUGACGGACCGAAAGGUCCGAUUCCCGGCGAUCAAGGAGAUGUUAGAGUCGCUAUGGAGACCGGGUAAAGGUCUAUCAGUCAGAGAAGUCGGGGAGAAAAGGUAUCUAUUUACUUUUUAUCAUCAUUUAGAUAUGAAUCGGGUUCUGGAUGGAGGACCAUGGAAAUUUGAGAAAAAAUUAUUGUUAUUAAAAGAGGUUAAAACUGAUGAUAUUCCUCAUAAAAUUGUCCUAAAUGAGACUGACUUCUGGGUCCAGGAUCAUAAUGUGCCUUAUAGUUUGGUUAAUUUAGGUACGGCCCGGAGAGUUGGAAAUUUUAUAGGAAGGUUUAUAAAAUACGAUGAUAACCAGAAUAGUGAAAAGUGGGACUGUGGAAGACCUAUAUGAGAAUAUGAGUGUGUAUGAAUGUGGAAAAAGUAAUGAAAAGGGGUACCAGUUUGAACAAGGAUGGCAAAAGUUACUGAGUAGAUUUUAAAUAUGAGAAACUGCCAAACUUCUGUUUUAUCUGUGGAUUAAUUGGACACUCAGACAAAUUCCACCACUUGAACUACGAAGAAGAUCUUGUUUUGGAGAAAAAGUUUGGAGUUCAUCUUAGAGCAGGUAGUGGAGGGAAGACGAGCCCUACAGGAGGAAACCAAUGGUUGCUGGAGGGUUCUUCGAGCUCUGGCAGAGACCAUAGGUACGUGGAGGGGGCUAAAUCAGAGGAUAGGAUGAGAGUCGAGAGAAAGGAUUCAUGGGCUAUGUUAGAACAGAGUAUAACAAAGGGUGUAGGAGGUGAGAAUAAUGAAGAAGUAACAGAACAGAAGCGCAGGAGGCUAUGGGAGACACAGGGAGAUGAUCUGCAAGGAAAGGAAAGUAUGGCACUCGAUGAGACAAAAAACGGGGAGGAGGCGGACUUCGAGCACUAGGCCCGCCUAAGAAGAUUAAGAGCCCGAAGACAUGAAUCUUGAUGAGGGCGCAGAGCAAGCAGAUCGGGAGGCAGACAUUUAUUUUUUAUUUUAGCUUUUAUUACUUCUCAGACUGUUCCAUUUGUUUUUUAUUUUGGUUAGCUGUUGUUUUUCCUGUUUGUAAGACAUUGGAUUUAGAUGUGGGUGACAACGAAAUUGGGGUAACCAUUUUUGGCUCAU